AUGGCAGUGUCAGCCACCGGCAAGCCCAUCACCCGCCUUCGCAUCCCUCUGUAUCAGCUGGUACUCUCCCAAGAUACUGUCACCGAUGACGUUCUAAAUCACGAGUGGGAUGGCAGUGGGACAGAACAAGACCCAUACCUAGUUGAAUGGCUGCUCGAAGAUUCUCGAGAUCCCCAUCAGAUGCAGAACUGGCUUAAAAUGACAAUCACAAUCCUCCAAGCUGCAUCCUUCCUUUCGAUUACGUUUGCUUCGUCCGCCCUCUCAGCUGCCAACCCGCAAAUCCAGGAAAGUUUUGGAGCCAGCGAUGAACUGGUGAUUGCUGACACUUCGCUUUUUGUUCUGGCUUUUGCAAUUGGACCGGCGAUUUGGGCUCCAUUGUCUGAAAUCUUCGGUCGUCAGGUCAUUUAUUUCAUCACUUACGGCUUGACCACAGUUUUGGCUGGAGCAACAAUCGCAAGUCCGAACAUCACGACAUUGUUAGUUCUCAGAUUCUUGACAAGUGCAUUUGGAUCAUCGGCCAUUUCCAAUACCGGUGCUGUGAUUUCGGACAUGUACGAGGCUCGCGACAGAGGAAUAGCAACAAUUGCAUAUGUUGGCGCACCACUUUUCGGCCCUAGUCUCGGGCCAAUUACGUGUGACUUCCUGGCGGUGUCCAAGGGCUGGAAAUGGGUACAGGGUCUCAUUACAAUCUUCAAUGGAGUGGUGUUCCUGGUGGGCAUUAUCUGUAUCCCCGAGACCUACACGCCUGUGCUUUUACAGAAACGCGCCGCAAAGCUUAGCAAAAUAACAGGAGCUGUAUACAAGAGCCGUCUUGACGUAGGCGAAGCUCAUCGAACAGCCGGUCAGAUCUUUGCCAAAACAAUGGUUCGGCCAUGGGUAUUGCUUUUCCUGGCACCAAUCGUUCUACUGCUGUCUAUUUACAUGGCAAUCAUUUAUGGAACCAUGUACAUGGAGUUUGCUGCCUUUCCUAUCGUCUUCGAAGAUACUCUCAAAUGGUCACAAAGCACCUCAGGCUUGUCAUUUUUGGGAAUGAUGAUUGGGCAGAUUCUUGGUUGCGUCUACUCAACCUUUGAUGACAGGCGUUAUCAAAAGAUAGCCGAUAAAACUGCCUAUGGUCGUCCGCCCCCGGAAGUUCGAUUGAUCCCAGCUAUGGUCGGCUCAAUCACCCUUCCAAUUGGACUGUUCUGGUUUGCUUGGACUAACUUUGCUGGGAUUCAUUGGGUUGUAUGUGAGAUCGGAACUGUUCUUUUUGGGUUCUCCCAUGUUACAAUCUUUUUGAGUAUCCUGAACUACUUGGUUGAUGGCUAUACGAUUUAUGCCGCAUCCGCACUGGCAGGCAACGCUGUCAUGCGUGCAGUUUUUGGCGCAGCAUUCCCUCUAUUUACUACUCCAAUGUAUAAGAGUCUUGGGGUUCAUUGGGCCUCCUCCAUCUCGGCUUUUAUGGCCCUCGUCUGCUUGCCGUUCCCCUGGAUAUUCUACAAAUACGGACCACCCAUCCGCCGGCGCUGCCAAUAUGCUGCUGAGUCUGCCCGCCAAUUAGAUGCUAUGGCUGAUCGCAUGCGGGAAAAGACGGAAUUGAAGGCAAGCACUGAGGCAAAGUCAGAACAUGGGACCAGUUUGAUCACUAGCCUUGAUGGUAGACCUACCAACAAUUAA